AUGGCAGACCACGUCAACCUCAGAUGUGGACUUUUCAGUCUACUAAUAUUCUCCCUAAGCUACGUCUCUGGAUAUGCUCGCAGUACGAUAAAGUCAGAUGGGACUGCAAGAUGUGGCUACGAAAGCUGCCACCCCUUGAAGCCAAAUAUGCUGAAUGUACAUAUCGUACCUCAUUCGCAUGAUGAUGUGGGAUGGGUCCAAACAGUGGACCAAUAUUACUAUGGCACUGUCAAGUAUAUCAUUCACUCAGUGGUGAAGUCCCUGUUGGAAGAUCCAAAAAAACGAUUCAUUUACGUUGAGUCGGCAUUUUUCUUUAAAUGGUGGGCCGAGCAAAAUUUUGAACUGAGGGAAAAGGUAAGAAUGCUGGUAAAUGAGGGAAGGCUCGAGUUCAUAAGUGGAGCUUGGAGUAUGAACGAUGAGGCAACGACGCAUUAUCAGAGUGUCAUCGAUCAAUUCGCAUGGGGAUUAAGACGCUUGAACGACACCUUCGGAGAAUGUGGUCGCCCACGCGUUGGCUGGCAAAUCGAUCCAUUUGGACAUUCAAGGGAGAUGGCAUCAAUGCUUGCCCAUAUGGGAUUCGACGGAAUGUUCUUUGGACGCCUAGAUUUUCAAGACAAAGAAAAUCGCCUAAAGACUAAGACGGCGGAAAUGAUUUGGCAUGGCUCAGCCAAUCAGGGCGAGUCAUCGCACCUCUUCACUGGUGCUCUCUUCAACAUGUACCAAGAGCCACGAGGCUAUUGCUUCGAUGUUAUUUGCGGGCAAGCAAAAAUUAAUGACGACAAGAAAAGUCCGUUUUAUAAUGUGAAUUAUAAAGUAACUGGAUUCUUAAAAUACGCGGAAAAUCAAAGCUUAAGCUACCGCACAAAUAACGUCAUAAUUACAAUGGGCGGCGAUUUCACCUACAGAGACGCUGCUGUUUACUAUAAGAGCAUCGACAAAAUAAUACGAUAUGGAAAUGAGCGACAAGCAAAUGGAUCGAAAAUCAAUCUCUUCUACUCCACGCCGUCAUGCUAUCUUAAGUCUUUGCACGACGCCGGCAUCACUUGGCCAACCAAGAGCGACGACUUCUUCCCAUAUGCCUCCGACCCACAUGCAUACUGGACCGGCUACUAUACCUCUCGCCCCACACUGAAGCGGUACGAGCGGGACGGAAACCACUUCUUGCAGGUCUGCAAGCAGCUGAGUGCAUUGGCUCCGAUAAAAAAAGAUGCGUUCGAUUCUCAAUUGACGGACUUGCGUGAAGCAAUGGGGAUAAUGCAGCACCACGAUGCGGUAACUGGCACCGAAAAGCAAUUUGUAGCCAAUGAUUAUGCGAAGCGAAUAAGCUCCGCGUUCAGCAAUUGUGGCUUAAAUAUACAAGUGGCGAUGAAUCAAUUGUUAACACAUAUGAUAGAUACUAGGCCGCCCCACCCGGUCGAAACUAACAGUUGCCUCUUGCUAAAUAUUAGCAUCUGCGCACAAUCGGAGUCCAACCAUCCUUUCACCGUGACACUUUAUAAUCCGCUCGCCCGCUCCACCAACGAGUAUGUUAGGGUGCCAGUAUUGGGAAAUAGCUACGACGUGAUUGAUCACAAGGGCAGGAUAUUGGAAAAUCAAAUUGUUCCGAUACCUGAGGGCGUACUUAAAAUUAAGUACAGAAAAUCGGCUGCUAAAUAUGAACUGGUGUUCCUGGCUUCUGAUAUACCUCCAGUGGGCUAUAAAGUGUUUUAUAUACAAAGAAAUAGCAUUGGCGCGCAGACCACAGCUACGAAGCAGAAGUCAACUUCGAUAAAUAUUGGAAAUAAUGACCUUCGACUUGAAUUUAAUGCGAAUGGGUUGCUCGAACGGAUUUCUUCUAAUGGCAUUCAACACACAAUCAGUCAAAAUUUCUUCUAUUAUGUGGGAGUGGCUGGUAACAAUAUACGCCAUGUCGAUCGCUCCUCUGGAGCCUAUGCUUUUCAUCCACAGGUUAACAAAUUGAAUGCCGUUGCUCAUAAAGUGAAAGUAGAGACCUUUAAAGGAGAGUUAGUGGAAGAGGUGCACCAGAAGUUUAAUGAUUGGAUAAGUCAGGUGGUUCGCGUGUAUCGCGACAAACCCUACGCGGAGUUCGAAUGGCUGGUCGGACCCAUUCCUAUUGGAGAUCGCAAAGGAAAGGAAAUUGUUACACGUUUCAAGUCGGAUAUACAAUCAAAUGGCGUCUUCUACACCGACUCCAAUGGUCGUGAAAUGAUGAAGCGAAAACGGAACCAUCGCGACACUUGGAAGUUGAAGGUGCACGAAGAAAUUGCUGGAAACUAUUACCCGGUCACAACGAAAAUUGCACUCGAAGAUGACACAGCACGGAUGGCGAUUCUUACAGACAGAGCCCAAGGUGGUGGAUCACUGGAGGAUGGAGCCCUUGAGCUCAUGGUACAUCGUCGUUUAUUGCGCGACGAUAAUUUUGGUGUAGAGGAACCACUUAACGAGAUCGCCUAUGGUGAAGGUCUGAUUGCGCGCGGAAAACAUCGAUUAAUAUUUGGACAACAUAAUCAAGGUCCCAGUACCUUAAGGAGUAUCGAGCGACAGCUUCAGCUGCAGUUUCUUUUGCCCCCAUGGAGGUUCUUUUCUUCCGCUUCGUCAUAUACACAUGAGGAGUGGCGCUCUACAUUUAGGAAUAUCCAUACUGGCAUUGCGCGCGCUUUGCCCGAACAAGUUCAUUUGCUGACCCUAGAGCCAUGGCGUGAAAAUGAGCUUCUUGUGCGCUUUGAACACAUAUUGGAGAAAGAUGAGGAUCCAGUCUUGUCCAAGCCGGUUCGGUUCAAUAUUGAAAAUAUGUUUAACAACUUAGCCGCUGUCGGCAUUCGUGAAACAACUCUGGACGGUAAUGCUUGGCUUUCUGAAAUUCGUCGCAUGAAAUUUGUUCCAGACCCGAAUUCUGCCAGAGCUGAAGAUGCUGGGACAAAUCCGUUUCCCCAAAGUGGUGAUUCAAAAUUUGUGAUUGACUUAAUUCCAAUGCAAAUUCGAACCUUUGUUUUAUAUUUGGCAAAAAGUACAUAAAAACACAACAAGUCCAAACCUAUAUAUGGGAUUUAGUAAGCCAUGAAAGUAAUAUAGUUGGUAAACAAAUAAAAUGGUUUAGACAUACGAAACUUAAUGUAUCCCAUAAUCCACUAUCGCAAAAGUUAUGUCUAUGUAAAUUCUUAA